AUGCUGCGUCGCACGCAACUCAGCGCGUUGGAAAAGGCGCCGACAACGGGGCUCGAUCCCGAGAUGGUUCAGGCGCUGCCGACAGUUACUUUCUCCCGCGAAAAGCUUCGCGAAGGCUGCUGCGAAAGCUUUCGCGAGUGCGCGGUGUGCCUCGGCGAGUACGAAGAAGGGGAGUGUAUCAAGACGCUACCGUCCUGCGGACACAGAUUUCACGCCACGUGUAUCGACAUAUGGCUUUGUGCGCAUGAUACCACGUGUCCCAUCUGCCGCUUCAACUUGAAACCUCCGAAACUCCCGGACCACUGCUGGCAGCAGGAAGAUUCUCAAGGUCCAGCAACGGAUGCAGGCGAUUCAGGCGAUGGAGACGAGAGGCAUGCGACUGCUAGCGACGAGGGGGAUCCGUCGGCGAUAGUGAAUGAGACAACAGCGGACAGUGUUAGCAUCCAGGUCGAAAAUGUUGAUAAUUCCCAACAAGAAGACGAGUUUGUCGUGGUUGGAGCAACAGCCGCAAUUGAUGCUUCACCACGAGCGCUGGCGCCAUCGCCAGAGGUACGAGCAGCGGCGGUUGUGGUAACAGAGGAGGCAGAUGCGUCAUCCGCAGCAGCGGCAGUGGCGUCAGCAGGAACGGAAACGUCUCGUGUACCAGCGGGGGUUCUGGUUCCAGCGGUAGUAGAAUCAUCAGCGAUACCAGCAGCAGCAGUAGUUUCGCAAAGAAGACGAACGGGGGAGGCGGACAGAAGUCGUUUGCAAAGGCUGGAGGGUCAGGAGGAUGAGGAACGUCAGGAAGUUCAGCAGAACUUGCAGGAGAUGAGCGGACCUUGGGCGGAAAUUGCAUUGACAGAAGAGGAGGAUAGAAGGUUGGGUGAUUCGAGGGGGGGAGAGGAGUUGAGGCGGUUUCUACGGGUGGCAGAUGAGGUGGAGGAUUCAGGGUUGAAAGAGGGGAGGGUUGAUUGGGAGUUGGGGUUGGAAGGAGGGGAGUGCAGCAAAGGGGAUAAAUUGUCCGGCAUGCAUUGA